UUCAGAUACGGAAAGUUUUACUAUUUUUUUCAAAAGUAAGAAAAAAAAAAGAAAUUGUUAAAAGAAAAUAUAAACAACAUUGUAAAUAAGAUAAUAGUAUCGUUGUAAACGUUUGAAAAGAUACAAAACUCAUUAUAAGUCCUUGAAUCUUCUUAGCUUGUGUCUCGUGACAUCGAGACUCUUCAAGGAUCCUAGUAACCCAUUUAGUCGGGUGCACAAACACGACGUGAUCGCGGAAAGAUUCUCGUAUAUGCAGACUCGAUCGACAAACAACGCGGAGUCUGGAACGUGCCAAUGUUACGCGCGUAGAGCAUUAAACCCGGUUAGACUUUCUCGUCGCUUUCUGGCGAUUUUGUAUUCCGCGGAUUCACCCUCGAUUUCCCCCUCGUACGUAAAGUUGCGUUAAGUCUCAGCUUUCUGGAUCGUCGUACGUUUCACCGACGACGAAGACGAAUGAUGGUAAUUCGAAGAUUUCAAGGCUCUUGUUCGAGGAAGAGGAACUUCGUUGAUGUAAUUAAAGAUGUCUCAAGAAUAGAAAUUAUUUGUAUACUUUCGAUAGAUUUUCAUUAAAUGCGUAGACGUAAGAGGCUUUUAAUUCAUGUAACUCGUAACUAUUUGUUUAGUUAUUAUUUCUAGUUAUCUCUUUUAUUUUUCUUUAGCAGAAGUAUAUAUCGACCACGUUACGAUUUAAACAGUUAAAAUUUAUAUUCUAUGGGUUGUCGAAAAUAUUCAGAUUUACGGUUACACGAGCAUUGUAUUAAAAAAGGACACUAUUUCAAAAGCGAAAGUUAUCAGCCAGUAAAUCUUUUUUGAGCAGGUCAAACGUCCUUAAACUGUGAUUUUUCGUAGAAGCCUUCCGACGAUUAUUCUUACGUCGAAUUAUUCUACUAAGAGGUCACAAAAAUGCACGUGUAUAUUUUGUACGAAUUUCUUUCUUUUUUAAUAUUAUACUGACAAAUGCAAUAAAUGUUAAGAUUUAUUUUUUAAAUUUACUCGGAAAAUAUAAUGUGUUUUCUAUUUUUCCACUGAAUUGUAUUAUCUUCAUAUUGCUGAAAUCUACUAAGAAAAUUUUGUUUUCAAAAUAUUCGAAGCGUUACUCAGAAAUAUUUCUUAGAGAACAGGUAAAAUCUUUUCUCGGUUUUUACUCGGUAUUUUAGCAAGGGUUCAGCAGGUAAAGAUGUCAGGUAUAAAACCAUUGGAAAAGCUAUUGAUUAUGCUAGCAAGAAUGGUAUCUGUAGGUGGUCGAUGACGAGAUGAAACGUUGCUGAUACGAAGGUUAGAAAAGAAGAAUAAGAGGGAGGCAAAGAUGAGAGGAAUGAGGGGAGAAGAGCGAACGUAUAUAAGUCACUCGUACAUAAGAGACUCCAAUGGACUCUCUCUUUGACCCUGGUCAAGUGCACACCUUUCUUCUCUCUUUUUCCCAUUCGCCUCCCUCUCCAAAGUGUUCCUCAGUCAGUCGUCCUCCUCCAUGGUGCUCUUCCAUCCGUAGUAGUCCUUCUUUUCCUGUCGUUUCUCCGCUCUCGUUGUAGCGUCACUCGUAUCUCGUCUCGCGUCGAUACUCGGUACAAUGUGUUGAAUACUUAUGAUGGGACUCUGACUCACUUUUUAUACAAAGAACCGUAUAUUCUUAUUCAUUUUCACUUUUUUCUUUUGCUUCUUCGUCGCGAGUUAAAGAAUAAUUCUUCGAAGAAGAAAUAUCUUCUUUCGUCAUUUCGUUUUUCGUUGAGGUGUGAUAUGCUGAGAAGAAGAAGGUCCUGAGAGGUAGAAGGAGAGAGAGAGAGAGAGAGAGAGAGAGAGAGAGAGAGAGAGAGAUGGACAUUCGCGCCCCGAUGUUCUUAGUAUUGUUGACAUGUGUCGUUGGUACACUUUCAUUGGCGGGCAAUGAUCGAGGCGUUCCAAAUUCGGUACAACGAAACCAAAGAUACGCCUUGAGCGAAUUUCUGAUCCCACCGCCGCUACCACAGUUGCCAUCACGUGUAUUUCCCGGAGGAAGGACUGGACGAACUGCUAAUCCACAUCCUGCUGAAUCUCUUGGUUAUUUUUCAAAGUUCAUAAGUUGGUUAAAUCCGUUUACUAGUGGUACUACCGCGGAAACACCUCUACCUCUACCUCCUGAAACGCUCUAUCCGCCAAAGUUUAUUCAAUCACACGUGCCACCAUUACCACCAUCGGGACAACCAUCUGGACUGCCACUAGCAACGCCUCAAGUUUACAAUGUACUACCACCACCUGUCUUUGACAGACCACCAUUGCCUCAACCGCCAUCUCCUGCAGAUAUUUACAACAAUCUAAAUCCACAGGCCAAAAACAAGAAUUGUAAUCCGUGCAAUAAAGUUCCUUGGUUACCCAUGAAUCAUGGAGGAGCUUACCUUCCUCCAAGCAAUCAAGAUGGACAUAUCGGAGUCGUAGGUGGAGAAUAUCUUCCACCGAGUAAUCACGGACUCGUUGCUGCGGCAUCUCAAGAAGUCAAAAUACCAGAUUUCUUUUACGCACCACCUUUACAAAACGGAGAAAUUCCACCGAUCGGACCUCUACCGAAUCCACAUUUGUAUCCAGGUCCCAUGCCUCCUCUGUUCAAAGCAGAAAUAUUUGAUUAUCCUUCACAAUCGAAUUAUCCUACUAAAGGAAAUUUACUACAUCACGAGGUACCCAUAUCGACUGUUAUUGAAACAAGUCCAUCGUUACCUUUGGGAACAUCGAACGAUCAAACGAACAACUCCGGUGAUAGAAAUUUAGGAAUUCCUCAAGAAGGACAAACUAUUUUCGAAAGUCAUCAAGUAUCUGGUUCAAGAUUAAGUCAUAAUGAAUUUGGUAAUCAAGGAUACGGUGGAGUUCAAAUAGACUCUUUUUCUAGUGCUUCUCAUGAGAAUCAACAAGGAUCCGUGGUUCACCCAAAUUUUAAUAAAGAAAAUGAUGCAACGUCGAUUAAACAAAAUUUCGAUGAAUCCAAGAUAAACCAGUUUACAGAACCCAAUACAUCCGGUAAUUUCGAGCAUACAAGUUUCGGGAACAAUCAACAAUUCGUUGAUUCUUCUGGAUUGGAUUUUCAAAGAACCGAUCAGACUGUUCUCCCAUCUGUAAUAGGAAAUGAUCAUUAUGCAUUUGGAAAUGCAGGAUCGGGACAGCAAACAUAUAAUGGUGAUAUAUCAUCUAGUAUCGGUACAGUGAAAGAUUCCCAUGCGUCAGGUACUAAUGUAGAAAAUCCAAUAUAUUUCGAAGAAUCGCCAUUGACGGAUUUAACGAAGACGAGUGAAAGUCGUACGGAUUCGCCCUCGAUAUCAUCCUCUCCUGCUACCUUCAUUGAUCUUGAUGGAGAACAAAAAUCUAAGGCAACCUUGGAUUAUGAAUCGAGAUCGAAUUCUUUCCAAGUACAACAAGAAAUUAAUCGAUUAGGAUCAUUGGGUGGUAGUAACGAUAGUUUUUUGAAUUAUUCAACAGAAAGUAAUGUGAUCAAAGACUUGUUCGGAAUUGAUAAAAUUAAUGAGCAAACAUGGAGAAAUACUAAAUCGACUACUUUGACUGCGGGAGGUUUGCAGAAUUUUGAUACUUUAUUCGUAGCGCCACAAGGACAAUUAACUGAUUCUUGGUCAGUCGUUUUGUCGACGACCAUGAGGACGACGCAAGAUGAAACUUUAUUAGAUAAUUUAGGAAAAAACAAAGAGACAAAUAGGGAAGAUCAUAGUUUACAACAGUAUGGAGGAAAGAGAAAUAAACAGGUACAGGUAAUAAUUCCAUACACGUCUCAAUAUACUCCGUUACCUUUCCAUUCAUCCUAUGACGAUAAAGAUAAUGUGAAAGUAAAUCAACAACGGACAGUAUCUUUCGUGGACGUAUCGAAUCGUGAUAAUUAUGUCAGUCAAGAGUCUAGAAGCGAGAGUAAGGUGAUAAGUCUUCCAGAAACGGUGACAGUUUCUAGCAAUUUGAAUAUUUUGGAUGAUCAUACGACGAAAGUUGCGACGACGACAACUGAAGCUGUCUUUAAUAUUAGUACGAAGAAGGUUAACAAUUCGAUAGACGUUCAUAGAUUACAAAAGAAUAUCGAUAAUUGGACGAUACAGGAAUAUUCUCGAGGAACUACUUUUAGCACGAUCUUACCCAGUUCCCGUCCUUAUCUGCAACCAUCGAAAAAAAUACCUAAUGAAUAUUUCACGACAACGGAAUCUGGCGUACAUGUGGACGAUUUGAACGAUCAUGAAGGAAAUGUAAGAUCUUUUGCAUUAGCUGGAUUCAGUUUUAACGAUAUUGAGGAUGAGGGACCUAAUUCAUUCGAGGAAUCUAGGAUACAGGCUGUACACGUUGAGAAUCCAACAAGUAAAGCGGAAUUUAAUACGUCGAAUGUAAACGAAAAUAAGUCGAACGCGACCACGAAGAAACAAGAAAGUUCUUGGAAAAGUUUUCCAGUGUCGAUUUCGACGGUCGAUAAGGAACGAGUCUAUGUCGUGACUCCUCAGACAACUACGACUGUUGCAACCGAGCGUCGCGAGGAGGAAAAUAAAUCGAGCACGAAGAGCACGAAGAAAGGGAGCGUAGUCUAUUCGAAGAGUAUCAAGAAUAAGCAGGACGAGUUCGAGAAGAUAGAGAGAGCUUAUCAAGUCCUACCACAGGCUGUAAAUAAUUUAGCUGUGGCUUCUACGGGUCCGGAAACCCUUCCUUUAUGGGGAAUAAUGGAACACGAAGAGUUUGCCUCGUUAGGCCAAAACGAAGACGAGAACAAUGACGAUGAGUCAAUAGUGGCGCCUAUCCUCUACGCCGGACAUUCCAAGGUUUCACGGGCUAGGCGAUGACUAGAUAAAAGACUUUCGAUUGUAUAAAGACUUUCCGUGUUCUUGUUUUGUCGCUGAUAUAACUUCGUAUAGCGCAUAGAUAAGUAAUGUUUGCGAUCGCCGAGAAGCGAUUUUAAUUAUCAAGAUUUUCCGUUUAAUGCGAAGAGAAAGAAGUCGGUCAGGCGUCAACUCAAGAAAAAUGGACAAAUCACAAUUUCUCAUGUGCGAGAUAUUUAAUUAAAGGGACAUCGAUAACUAAUUAAUUUAAAAAGUAGUGUUAAACGAAUGCGUGACUGAUAGUGAUUGAUGAUAUGAGGAUACCAAACACGUUGUGUUUUGUUAUUUUCUAUCAGCUUAUCUGGUAAUAUGCAUUAGUUAUUUAUCUUCCAUAUGUAUAAAAUAUCCAACGCCAGGACUUGCGAAAAUAACAGUAGGGUUUUUUUAUUUCUAUGUUCAAUAUUUAUUCAUCACACUACAUCAGAUUUCUUUCAUUCGUUUGUCGGUUAGAGAUUUUUUUCUCAGGGUCAUUGAAUUUUCAUCCAAUAAAGUCAUUUAGGAUUUUCAUCAUUA